AUGCUUCGCAGCGCUGUCAGCCGCACCACGCUCAAGGCCGUCGGUCAAGGCGGCCUCGGUGGCUCUUCCAGCCAUGCAGAUGGCAUGCAUCCCAACUUAGGCUUGCACAGCGCCGCCGCCACCGGCAACAUUGGCCUCGUCAAGUUUGCUCUCGAGAAUGGCCAGCCAGCCAACAGCAACCUCAACGGCAUCCUCCCUUUGCAUGCUGCUUGCUCCGGUGGUAGCGAACAGAGCGUACGCAUGCUCAUCUUGCACGGCGCCGACGUCAACGCUCCCCGUCUCAAGGCCAAAGGCUCCACUUCAGGCCCAGGCGCAGAGGGUUCCACCCCGCUUCACUUUGCUGCCGCCAACGGCCACUUGGACAUUGUCCGCAUCCUUCUCCAAGCCGGCGCACGUCCUGCUGCUGCCGACAAGGAUGGCGUCACUCCCGAAGCACUCGCGCUCGCUGCCGGCCACAACGAAUGUGUCAACCUCAUCCGCUCCUGGGUCUCUGCUUAUGGCUCCAACGGUUUGGCAGGCAUGGUCGAAUCGCGCCAGACCGUCAGCGCCCACACUCCUCUCGGCCCGGCAGGCUACAUUCGUUAUGCUGCCUCGGCCCGCACCGAACAACCGAUCUCGUCCUCCCCUUCCUCCUCCUCCUCCACCGCCAUCAACACUACCACCACCACCACCACCCCACCCAUCGGCGCCCAUUUCACCUCCUCACGCCUGUCCAACCCAACUCAGCCACCUGCUCCCACCUCUGCAUCGAGGACAACCGUCGCACCUCCCUCUGCCGUGCUUCCUCUGCAGUCAUCCUUUGACACUUUGCCUGCGUCACGCACCGCCUCUUCGGCCAACAGUGCAUCGCUAUCCAAGACGAGUUCCAAUCCCAACCUGCGCAAUCAAGCUUCCUCAGUCGUAACUCCCCCUCUGCUUGUCGCAUCACCCGCUCCCCUUUUCACAUCUCAGUCGGUAUCCGCUUCCACUUCCGCAUCCGCACCCGUACCCGCAUCCGCACCCGCAUCUGCAAGCACUUCCACUUCCGCAGUCGCAGUCGCAGUCGCAACCGCAACCGCAACCACCGCAUCCACCGCAUCCACCGCAUCCACCCUUGCAACUUCUCCGCGUCUCACCACCUUUCCAUCCACGCAAUCGCCACAUGAACCCUCCAUACCAUCUUCUUCCGCCACCAAGACCACCAGCGCUGCGGCCGCACUCGGUUCCGGAAGUGUACGCGAGUCCAAGAGGCGGCCGUCGCUUCCUUCGAUCCUCGAAAAAGCCACUCAUCCUGCUGCUUCGCUGCGGGCUGCACUUGCUACCGGCUCGUCGGCUCACACGACUACCUCGAUCCUCUCGCACCCCUUUUCUAGCAGACACAUGGACCUUUCCUACGACGCUAGUCCGCUCAGUGUCGCCAAAAAACAAGCAAAGCUUGCAGGAAAGCGCAGUCUCUCCCACAUCCUCCGCAAAGCCACCAGCUCCAGCUCGACCAGCGCCCAAUCGACUCCACUACCAUCCUCUCACCCUUCCAGCUCCUUCUUUGCCGAUACGCCCCCCAACGCCUACAUCCAUCUCCCCACUGGAGGCGCCAUCAACAUGGACGCGCUUGCCAAGCCCGGUCGCACGUCCACCAAGCCUUUUGAUAACCAACGCCCAUCAGCAGCCGCCUCACUCCGCGCGACGCGACGCAAUGUAGCCAGCGAGGAUGCCAGCGAUGAUCCAGACACUGGCAAGCACUUUGCGCCAGCUACUCCUUCUCUUUCUGCUUCACGCCCCGAUGCUGCUGCGCUAAAUCAGCAGCGCACGCUCCGCACUGCUUCUUCCUCUUCGUCGCUCUCGGCCCUUCGUGAGCAGUUCCUCGCCGGUACUCAGCUCCGUCGAGCCCGUGCCGGAUCCAACGAGCAAAUCACAACUGGCACGUGCGCCCCGCUACGUGCCAACGCAUCUCUCGACUUGCUACGCCCCACUGGUCCGUUUGGCAACAUUGACGAUUCCAUCACAGCAAGAACCAGUGUCGACAAGUACCGAGCCUCGACCAACCAGAACGGCCGCAUCGACGCCAUCAUGCGCGCUGGAUCCAGCCAUGCCUGGUCGUCGGGAUCGACGCUCAACAGCCACCAAGCUGGCGCACCAUUCGCCACUCCCUAUCCCGUCGGCAGAGGUAGGUCGGUGAGCGGCUCCAGCUCCCAGAGCGCUAGCACCACAGACAACGAACGCAGCCACGCAAACUCAACUGUCGAGGAGACCGCCGACGAAGACGAUCUACAGGAAUUCCUCGAUCACAGCGCCUCACAAACCGACAAUCGCACACUGGAUGGAAGCGAGCGACUUGAUUCGCAUCAGCUUCCAGCUGCCCUGCGCACCAUGACAGCACUGAGACAGCAGAACUACAAGGAUGCCGCCGACUUCUCGGCCAGCGACUCUGCAGCAGCUCCUUCCACUCUGAACGCUUUCGGUGCGAUCAACGACGAUAGCACCAGGGGCAACAGCAACAGCAACAGCAAUAGCAACAGCAAUAGCAACAGCAAUAGCAAUAGCAAUAGCAAUACUCUGAUCAAUCGCAUGACGCGCGAUCGGUCCAGUAGUCACGUGUCUGCGGUUAGCUCAGGCUCUCAAUCCGGCGCUAGCUCGCGCGGUAUCGACCUGGGUCCGCGAAGCUCUCCGAGCCUGGCACCCAACUACCAGGCGCUGUCCAUUGCCGAGGAGAACGGGUGGGCGCCGCCCGUCGGGCACACAUCGGCUACGGGCAGCUCAUCCACAUUUCUGACACGCGCCGGUCGCGCAUCCUCAGUUGCCGAAAGCGUGACCAGUCAUGCGUCUUCCUCCUCGCUACGUUCCAAUUUCCUCAGCGCAUCUGAACAGGCGCAAGCGAUUCUCAACCAUGAAGCACCCUACGUUCUGGAUGGCCCGGACGGUACCAGCUCGUCGCUGGCAGCACAACUGGCCGCAUACGGAGAAGCGUUGGCCUUAGAGAGGAAGCGAGCUGGAGAUGCGCGCGGCGGGCCCUCGCCCGCAUUAAGCGCCAGGGGCAGCAACGCAGCACGAUCUAAGCUGCCCAGCGUGAGCGAAGAUCAAUCUCCCUCGCGAUCAGCAAGUCACAGCUCACGUAGCUUUUCGGUUAGCGAACAACGCACUCCGAACUUGCCUGCUACCGCAGCUCAGUCGUACAAUCGGCGAGUAUCUCGCAGACCGCACAGCAGUGAGGGUCGACAGUCGCAGGACAGCGCCAAGCGCGGUGUGUUUGGCGCAGUCGCCAUGCUAACCAGCCCUUCGCCGCUCACUACCACCGACAAGGCUAGACUCGAGCUCGAUGGGCAUUCGGCGCAAAGCCCAGGAGACGACAAGCUGGCGUCAUCACAGACGCUCCCCAAAACGCAGCAACUGCCCUCGGCUGGUGAAUAUGAGCGCGACGUUUUGCCUCAGGCGUUCGAUCCGUACGCAUCACGAUCUUUCAGCCAUACAUCCGUAGUGCGGGGACCGCUUGAAACGGCCAUAGUGCCUGCCGUAGCGUCCGGACAACCCGUGUCGAGCGGCACGUAUGCUACUGAUCGAGGCGAGCAGCUUGGACCCGCGGUGCCACCCAAAGACCAGUCUCGACGUCGUCACAAACCUGUCCUGUUGAGUUCUGCUUCGGGCCUUGCGCUCGGCAGUGCGGCGCCAGGCGGUGACGCAACGAUGGCAACAACACCAACAACAGCAGCAGCAGCAGUUGCAGUUGCAGUCGAAAUGGAUGACGACGACGAAGACGAUCCCAAGACGCCCGUGCUUGGCAGCGCCAAGACGACGCUCGACAAGUUCGCCAAUUCGCCCGGCAGCCGACAUCGCCACAGUCCUUCGUUGCCGACCGAGCUGAGCUCGUACGUUGCUUCUAGACUCGAGCGCCUGCCGAAUUCGGCUUUGGCUUCGGCGUCGGCAGCUGGCAGUGGCACAGGCACAGGCAGCAGCUCGGCGAGCCCAGCGCCGCCUCGACCACCCCAGAAAGAGUCGAUCAACGCACCGCGGUCGAGUGCCGAAGGAGCGAGUACCGUUGGCCACGGUGGAAUGCUCCUGCCUGAUUCUGGCAUGUGGAGUCGGUCGCGUGCAGGCGACGGUAUGCUAAGUCCUGACGACGAGGCAAAUCGAGAUCGAGCGACGUCAGGUCGAUGGGAAGGGCUUAGAAGGCCGAGUCUCAACAUGCUGCGGAGCGCUACUUCGUCGUCGAUGCACUCACAGACGCCAAGCCACACCUCGCUAGGCGGCAGCACCGAUGAUCAUGGCCACAGUCGCGGGUCGACUGAGGACUCGAUGGCUGUCUCGAGAGCUGAUCAGCAGCCCACGAGUGACAGUGGUAAGCGCAGACUAGUGCGCAAUCUGUUGAACAAGGCCAAGGGUUCGUCCUGA